GUAGUUUUGUUGCUCUCUUUGCUAAGUCACCACAUUGAUAGACAAACUUGAUAAGUAUGUCCAAAGAAGCAAGACUAAAGGAAGAAGUCACAGUACAACCAGAUACCGUGAGUAUACCACCUCCUGCAAAUCCCACAUAUACACUUUAUCCAUUUGCAUAUCUUUCUCCGCGCACAUCCGACCCAUUCAACAGUGCUCUUCUCAUUCUUAAUCAAACUAUACAAUCAGGAUUCGAAUUACUCUGGCAAUCAACAACAAUACAUGUAUGUGCUGAUGGUGCUGCUAAUCGAUUAUAUAACCAUUUUGAAACCAGUGAAUUACGAGACAAGUUUAUUCCUGAUUAUAUAGUGGGAGACUUUGAUUCUCUUGAACCUGAAAUUGGACAAUAUUAUCAAUCUAGAGGGACGAGACUAAUUCAACAAUCUUCACAGUAUAGUACAGAUUUUACCAAGUCCAUUUAUACUAUUCAAUUGCAUUUCAAACUUGGCAAUAUUCCCUCUGAGGUGGAUUCCUAUAAUGGAUUAGGCACUCUCUGGGAAUCGCUUGGCACUAAGGAUCAGCUUCCUAUUAAAAUAUAUACUAUUGGUGGUAUAGGUGGUAGGUUUGAUCAAACUAUCCAUUCAAUAUCUCAAUUAUACAUUCUUCAUGAGGUGUAUCCACAACUCGAGAUAUUCUUUAUUACUUCCCAAGAUAUCAUAUUUCUUUUGCGAAAGGGAACAAACUAUGUCCAGUAUGACAGUAGGAAAAUAUUCAAUAUCAGGGAUAAAAUACCGCCAUGUGGAUUACUUCCGCUCAGUAAUAAAUCAAUCGUUUUAACUACUCAUGGAUUAAAAUAUGAUGUUACAAAUUGGAACAGUGACAUGUUGGGUAAAGUAAGUAGCUCAAACUGUGUUAGUGGGCUGGAUGGAUUUAUAGUGGAAGCUUCGGAUGCAAUUGUAAUGAACAUAUCUACAAAUUACAAGGACCAGGGUAUAUAAAUAGACUGUAUUAGCAUUUGCAAUAAUUAUAGAAUCACGU